AUGAUGCUGUUUCUCGGAAGAAGAUUUUCCCGAACGAGAUGGGCCGCUAUUCUGCUUCUUUUCUUUGGCGUUGCCGCCGUUCAGCUCAACAAUGCUCAGGACACUAAUCAGGAGAAAAAAGGAAAUUAUUUCAUAGGAAUUUCAGCGGUUCUGGCUACGUGCGUCACAGCUGGGUUUGCCGGUGUGUACUUUGAAAUGAUGCUGAAAGGAAGUGGCACAACUCCGUUUUGGGUGCGAAAUCUUCAAAUGUACAGUUGUGGCAUAGUAAGCGCACUCGUUGGUUGCCUAUUUUCUGAAGGAGAUCUGAUAGCCGAACGAGGCUUCUUUUACGGGUACGACAUAAAAGUGUGCGCCAUUGUUGGAUUUUUGUCUGUUGGCGGCACUUAUAUUUCGCUCGUAAUGAAAUAUCUGGACAAUCUUCACAAGAGUUUUGCUUCCGCAGUUUCUAUCAUUCUAGUUGUUAUCACAUCUUUCCUUCUUUUCAAUGAUGUCUUCAUAGGUGCCUACUUUGUAGGUGGUACUGCUAUUGUUGUGUUUGCCAUACUGCUUUACAAUUCUGUCCCAGAAUAG